CAUAACCACUUUGGUAUGUAUACAACUUUUCAGGAAUUCGAACGGUUGCUACAGCAAAGCCGCCAGGGAUUCGAGCUCUCGGCCCACAUCCAGAUGCGGCUGAUACGGAUGUCCGCUUCUUCGGCUGACAAGAACGUGGAGCGAAGUUUCUUCAAAAUCCUGCUCAACCGAAAGGCACAUCUGAUUCGGCAGAACCUUCGCAAACGGCACUUUCAGCUGAUCUUCAUCAUCCAGAAGAUGGUGAAGCUGAUGCUCGGACUGAUGUACAGCUCGGAGGUGGUCAUCGACGGGGCCAUGCUGUUGAGCACGCUGCACAACGAGAGCGUGGCCUUGGCGCUGAAGACUACGCAGGCCAAGUCGCAGGCCGGAGCGCAGAUCUGUAGCAAUUCGUUUCCGGCGCUGAUGUCCACGCCGAAGAAGAUUGACAUCGGGGCCGUUUUGCAGAUUGUGACGAAGCAACGAUCGGAGCAGUGUUGUGCAACGCUGAUCAACUGUCUGUUGGUAACGUGCAAAGGGGCCACUACAGUCGCCGUAGACAACGAUGACGAGUCGGAUACCUCGAGCAUGGAGAUCCUUCGGACGUUGACGGCCAACUUCAACGAAGGGGCCAAGACUCAACAGGACCCCUUCCAGGAGGAGUUGAACAAUCGACGGAAGAACAGUUUCAAUCUGAUUGCAAGCGGAGAUAUGCAUCUGGGUCAUCCGGCGGAACCUUCCAAGUCUGCCACGUUGUCGCCCAUUGUGAAGCCGCAGUCCCGAGCACCGGAUGAAUCUGAAUACAACGAUCCUGCCAUAAACUUCUUUGAUGAAAUGGCCGCGGAAGCGGUGGCGUACAACUCCAUCAACUACCUGGUCAACGAACCGGAAGGAAUAGAUUUGUUGGAGAAUCUCAUCGCAGACGAGGAGAUCUUCAUCGCCAACAUCCUGAUGAAGGUGAUCAAACUGUGUCCUUCCGCCUUCGAUAAGGAACUCAACAAAGCUGAACUCAUCAAAUGGGUCAAUCGAGGAACGCGCGGUCUCUGGACCCAGGUCGGUGGCACUCUGGAGCACGUAGUCCUGUGGUGGAGCAAUUCGCCGCUGGCCUGUCGACCGCCGGCUUGUGCCAAGUAUCUGCGGGACUGGUUGUCACUGAUAACACCAGACGAAGCUCCCGAACCGAUCCUUUCGAUGCUGAAAGGAUUGGGGGAAACCCUGACGGUGCACGUCACCAGCACCAUCUGGGACAGGCAGUUUCGGCUGGCGAUCGUUGCGUCCAGUCUGCCGGUAGAUUACCCCUUUGAAGAAUCAGAAUUCUACAGCCCUAAUGUAAUGAUUGAAGGAACCAACUGCGGAAAGGUAUGGAGCGAACUGCUGUAUCAGCUGGUCCAGCUGUCGAACACCUGUGACAUCGGGACCAUCCCCAACGAACUGCCACUGGUCGAGCAGAUCCCGGUCCUUCACCGGAUGGAUCACUCGAUUCACUCGAUGAGGAAUUGGGCCACCAACAAGGCUAAAUCGCUCUGCACAGACUGGAACAUGUCCAUGUUCUUCAAGGUAGUUCACAACGACAUCAACCUGUGCCUUGAACAGCUGCAAUAUCUCCGAGUGCCCGAGCUAGUGUCCCCAAAUGCCCUGGAAGUUCAGGUACAGGUUUGCGUUGCCUUACGCGAGAAGCUCGUCUCCGAGAUCAAGGAGAACAUUCGGAAACUGAAACAGGCCUGCUCGGAGUGCAUCGACGUUCUAGCCGUGGUCUGCCGGACGACUAGCCUGGCCUCGUUGACACUCUGCUUCCCGCACUUCCGCCACUGGCAAUCGGAAAUCCUACAGGAAACUGCCAACGAGUACGUAGCGUACUUCUUCAACCAGGUCUACCUGCCGGUGAUCGAGGCCACCAAAGAUCUGGACAUUCUGAAGCUGACCCUCAAGAUCAUCUGCGAGGCCUGGUUGGAUCACAUCUACAUGAAGAAGACCAAGUUCAGCAGUAGCGGGGCGUUGAACCUGCUCAAGGACUUUGACGGGGUGGCCGAUUGGAUAGUGAAAUGUGGCUCGCUGGACAAGAAGCUGAAGGACGUGCUGGCUCAGCACGAAGCUCUACGGAUGUGUGAAGGUGUGGGCAAGCUGCUGCUACGGAAACCGGACGAAACGAUUUCAAUACUUCCGAGCCCGAAGGCCGGACGGAAAGGCGAAGAAACCAACGGAGACGAGAAGGCACCACUUCCGCCGGAGAUGUUCGUACCGAACCAGAAACGAUGGCUAGAGCUGCGUGCAAGGGACAAGAAAACAAUGGGCCUGAACUGUGCCUGCCUCUGUGCCGGAAUGGACGUCUAUUAAGCGGCUGUGGUUCGAUUGUGAUAGUUGCCAGUUAUUUGUUGUUAGGACGGAGAGAAGAUUUUAUCGCCUUUUUAUCCAUUUCGAAAAGCAGUAGCCAGUAGGUUGUUAACAUCUUCACCAAUAAAGCCUUCUUAAUAUCGUAGCGUUGGA